AUGGACGCGGUCUGCGCCCGGCUCGCGGUGAUCGGCGGGUGCCGGCUCGCGGUGACCGGCGGCGCGGUCAUGCUGACAGGCUGCAAGGCCGAGCGUUUUGUACUCGAGAGCAACCCCGGCGGCAUGAACGGCUGGUGCAAGAAGUGCGUGGGCCUGGUGGCGGCGUGCAUGAGCGACGGCAUCACCAAGAAGUUGCGCAUAGAGGCCAAGGUUUCCAUCUCGGCGUGUGGCGCGCUCAUGACGCCGCCUCUCCUCCGCAACAGCGGGCUCAAGAACAGGCACAUCGGCCGCAACAUUCACCUGCACCCGGUGCCUAUGGCGUGGGGCUACUUCCCGGAUGGCAUGCCGGAGGCAGCCGCAGAGCUCAGUGGCAAGUGCUACGAGGGUGGCAUCAUCACGACCAUGCACCGCGUCACCGCUUGCAGUAUCAUCCAGACGCCAACGCUGGGGCCCGGGUGCUGGGCUUCGCUGAUCCCCUGGGAGUCCGGCCGCGACAUGAAGGAGCGCAUGCUCCGGUACGCGCGCACCGCGCACGCCUUCGCCCUGGUUCGCUACCGCGGCGCGGGGCACAUGGACGGCGAGGGCCGCGUGCGCUGCGCCCCGAGCCGGGAAGACGUGGAGGAGCUCCGCAACGGGCUGCGCCAGGCGCUGCGCAUCUUGGUGGCCGUCGGAGCGACCGAGGUGGGCACCCACCGCAGCGACGGGCUCCGGCUGCGGUGCGACGGCGGCCUCCGCGACGAGGACCUGGAGGCGUUCCUCAACGAGGUGACCGUAGGGAAAGGCCCCAUGCUCCCGGGGACUGACACGUGGGCGCUCCAUUGCUCGGCGCACCAGAUGGGCAGCUGCCGGAUGGGGUCCAGCCCGAAGGACGACGCCGUGGAUGGGCGCGGCGAGAGCUGGGAGACGGAGGGGCUGUUAUUUGCAAAUACCCAAGAAGAAAGUUAUAUGCACAUGGACUUGAUCUUAAAGAAUUAUUAUGCUGUCUUGGGUUGGAAAUAUAUCAUCACAGAAACAAAAGGCAGCCUGCAAAGCCUUUCUUUUAUUUGUAAUACAGAGAUUAUGCAGGGUGCUGAGUUUGAGCUUGAUAGCAUCAAGAAAUUGUCAAAGGAGUCUGCAGAAGCAAAUGAAUUGGCCCUUGCAGGUGCCUGUCAAUUUUCACUGUUGGAUAUGUGCAUUUUCUUCUCCUUUUAUGUAAAACUGUUGGGUGACAAGAUAGAUGAAGUCGUCAAAGAAUGGGAUGCCCAGAAGGAGGGGUUCUACGAGAGAACAGGAUUAUCCCGUGGCGAUCAGCUCAUGGUGAUUGACAAUGAUGAAUCGGGAGUACCAUAUCACGACGGAUCCCGUGGCAAUAAUCAGCUCAUGGUGAUUGACAAUGAUGAAUCAGGAGUACAAAAUCACGAGGGCGAUGAUUUUGAUGAGAGUUAG